AUGAAAGGUUUCCUUCCGUCAGUCGUCGUUGGUGACGGAAAAUCGAUAUCCAACCAAUUGAAAACGCUUAUUGUCGAUAAUAAAUUGACUAUUGAAAAAGCGAAGGAAGAUGACGGGGGACGUUAUACUUGUAUUGCCGAAAACAAGGCGGGACGUUCUGAAAAGGAUAUAAUUGUUCGUCCCGAUUUGCCACCUGUGAUGACACAGGAUGUCGUUUAUGUGGAAUCAAAGGAAGGCGAAACGAUGACCCUCGUAUGCCCAAUUGAGUCAUCGGUUAGAGGCGACAAGUUGUUCAUUAUGAAUAGUUCGUCAACCGACAGCGCACAAUAUGAAUGUAUAGCAAUGAACAAGGCAGGAGAAGCAAAAGCUAAAAUUGAUGCUACUGUUAAUGUUCCACCGAGAAUCGAAGGAGAUCCGUUUGAGCAAAUCCAGGCGAUUGCUAAUGAAACUUUGGAGCUCACUUGCAAUGCCAUCGGUACCCCAGCUCCAGAGAUCACUUGGUUCCUGGACGGUAGAAUUAUCAUCAACAUGGACAAUGUCGAGUUCAAAGACAAUAAACGCAAAAUUCUUGUUAGCAAAAUUAGAGAAAAUGAGGAGGGUCGAUUCACAUGCCGCGCUGAGAACAAGGUCGGAACGUUUGAAAAAGAUACAUAUGUGGAAGUUUCUGUGGCUCCACGAGUCCACAUGCCGGCUGAAGAAAUGAAAGUUGUCGCUGGUAGACAAGUAACGAUUCGUUGCGAAGUGUUUGGCGAACCAACUCCUGUCGUUGACUGGCUGAAGAAUGGCGAGCCAUUCCGCUCGGAUCUUCUUCAGUUCACGACGCGCCUCAGCUAUUUGCAUUUACGCGAAGCCGAUAUCAAGGACAGCGGAAUAUACACUUGCAUUGGGAAGAACCGAGCCGGCGAGAAACGGGCGAGCACCACGCUUCACGUAUUGAUUCCACCAACAAUCAGUGAUGACGAAAGAGUGCUUCAAUUCAAGGAAAACACAACUAUGGGAAUUGAAUGCACCGCCACUGGAAAUCCGCCACCAUCGAUAAUGUGGAAGAAGGACGGAAUCCCAAUUCCAGGAGGAAAUUGGUCAACUUUGCAAAUUGGAACAAUCGAUUCUACCUCAGCUGGAAGAUACACUUGUGUUGCCUCAAAUGAAGCUGGAACAUCCACUGCUGAUUAUGUGCUCGACGUCCUAACUAGACCGAAAUUCAACAAAAUUGAGAAUGAAAUAACAGCAAUUGAAGGUGAAAACGCGAAGCUUGAAUGCAAGGUUGAUGGACAUCCAAAACCAACAAUCACUUGGCUCAAAGGAGGAAGACCAAUUAAUAUGACGAAUAUUCUUCUUUCUCCUCGUGGAGAAACGCUGAUGAUCUUGAAAUCUCGACGCUCGGAUGGCGGCUUCUAUUCGUGUGUCGCAAAGAAUAUUGCUGGAGAAUCGGAAGCUGGAUUUAAUGUGAACAUCUUCACGAUCCCUUACAUUGAAGAUCAAAUCGAUCAAAAUCCACGAAUUGUUGCUGGAAAGGAACUCAUAAUGCGGUGCCCGGUUCGCGGAAACCCGAAACCGGAAGUGAAAUGGAUGCGUGGAGAAGAGGCUAUUAAGAUGGGCGGAAAAUUCAUAUCUCCAAAUGGACAGGAUUUAGUUAUUAUCAAUGCUCAGCCGGAAGAUGAAGGACUUUACAAUUGUUAUGCUUCUAACACCGCCGGAAAACUGGUGACAAGCUAUGCUGCAGAAGUGAUUGGAAAACCAACAUUUGUUCGUCAAGGAGACGAUAUUUAUGAAGUUGUUGAAGAUGAAGGAAUUGUGAUGGAUUGUGGAGUUACAACGAAACCUCUUCCGGAGAUCAAUUGGUACAGAGGAGAUAAUCCAUUGUACUUGUCGAACAACUUCGAAUUGUCCGCAGAUGGUAUGAAAUUGACUAUCAAGAAGGCAAAGCUUACCGACGGUGGAAAGUAUACUUGUCGUGCUUCGAAUGUCGCUGGAUCAUCAGAUAUCGACUUGAUUCUCAAGGUCCUGGUUCCACCAAAGAUCGACAAGUCAAAUAUCAUUGGAAAUCCACUAGCAAUUGUUGGAAGAAACAUAUAUUUGGAAUGCCCAGUCUUUGGAAUUCCUCAGCCAAAUGUUAUUUGGACCAAGGAUGGUGAAAUUAUUGAUGUUUCUGACAGCAGAGUUGUCUAUGCUCAUAACAACGAAACGUUUGGAAUUGAAGGUGUUCGUGUUGAAGAUCAAGGAAGAUACACAUGUACCGCAAAGAAUCGAGGGGGACAAGUGGCUCACGAUUUCAACUUGGAUGUGCUUUCACCUCCCGUAUUUGAAGUAAAUGAUACGAAACCAACAAUUAAGAGAGAAGGAGAUACGAUCACACUAAUUUGUCCAAUCAAGUUACCGGAUGAUAUUGCGGAUCAAGUCAUGGAUGUCUCAUGGACCAAAGAUCUUCGUGCAUUGGACCCUGAUAGCAAUCCUAAUAUUGAGAUUUCAAGCGAUGGAAGAAGAUUGACGAUAAAAUCAGCAGCAAUUAGCAAUGCUGGAUCCUACUCGUGUAUCGCUCUCAAUCGUGCUGGAGAAACAUCGCUCGAAUUCAAAGUCGAGAUUCUGUGUACGAACCUUGCAACCCCGAAGUGUCGUGAGCUCGAAAAUAACUUUAUUGCUCGUCAUUCGAGAUUUUACGGUUCGCAUGUGAUUCCAGUCACGGAAAUUGUGCCUACUACUACACCGUCGCCUAGUUAUAGACAGAAAAUGCAAAAUUAUAACGCGUAUCUCAAAAACUACGAAGAUCGUUUAGCGGCUUAUAAAAGAGCGAAUGAGUUGCGACAGCGCAGAUACUGGGAGUCGAGAAGAAGAAAGGAGCUAGAAUCAAAGUAUAAGAUAACAACACCUACUACUAGCACUAGCCCGACACCAACUCCCCCAACCCCAGAAGUUCCCAUUAGGUACAAGUUCCAGCAGCCCAGACGAUAUGAUCCUGGAAAUCCAAAAGGCACGCAUGGAACAAUGAAUGUGAAAGCCACAUUCCAAACGAAACAACUAAAUGGCAGGCCAAAGCGUAUUAGACCACUUUUAAGAUGUUUCUAUUAUGAUCCUCAAACCCAACGUUUUAUCAGAGAGAAGAGCAAUGAGAGGCUGCCACCGAGAAUUACAGCACCGCCGACGAUUGACGGUUCGAAGAAUGAUAUGACACCACAGGUUGCUGUGAAUCAACCGACGCUUUUGUAUUGCCCGGCAUCAGGACAUCCAUUCCCAACUGUUAAAUGGUUCAAGGAUGGUAAAUCUGUCGAAGGAGAUCCAAAUAUCCGUAUUUUGGAUGAAGGACAGACACUUCAAAUUUUGCAAACCGGCACUGAGCAUGCUGGAAAAUGGAGUUGCGUUGCCGAAAAUGACGCUGGACAUCGUGAACUUGAAAUGAUACUUGAUGUCUUUACUCCACCGGUUGUUUCGGUUCAUUCAGAAAAUCCAAUCAAGGCGCUUGAUGGAACCAUCACCUUAUUGUGCAAUGCCACCGGAAAUCCACCACCAUCCAUCAAGUGGAGCAAAGGCGGACAAGCGCUUCUCGAUUCUCCGGAUGGCGUCAGAAUUUCAUUAAAGGGUGCACGAUUGGAUAUUCCUCACUUGAAGAAGACGGAUGUUGGUGAUUACACGUGCCAAGGAAUGAAUCAAGCGGGAACUGCUGAAGCCACUAUUUCGGUCGACGUAUUAGUGCCUCCUGAAAUUCAACGAGAUGGAAUUGACAUGUCGCCUAAACUUCCUACUGGUCAAGCUCUCACUUUGAAUUGUGAGGCUCAAGGAAAGCCAAUGCCAACACUGAAGUGGACCCUCAAUGAUACCGAAAUUUCUGAUUCCACACCAGCAAUUACACUGGCCCCUAAUGGAGAAUUCAUCAGAAUUAAUAACAUUUCUCUGAUCGAUAAGGGAAUUUAUGCUUGUAUUGCUGAAAACGUUGCAGGAACGGACAAGUUGAUGUAUAAUGUGGAUGUUGUCCAGGCGCCAACCAUUUCGAAUGGUGGAACUCAACAAGUCAUUGAAGGCGAGCUGGCGAUUAUUGAAUGUCUGGUUGAAGGGUACCCAGUACCACAAGUUUCAUGGCUCAGAAAUGGAAUUCGACUUGAAACUGGAGUGCAAGGAGUUAGAUAUGUUGCCGAAGAUAAGAAACUUCGAGUCAUUGAAGCGAGAAGCUCUGAUUCUGGAAUUUACGUUUGCGCAGCUACCAAUGAAGCGGGAACAGCUCAACAAGCAUACACUCUUGAAGUCUUAGUUUCACCAAAGAUUAUUUCCUCUUCACCAAGCACUAUCUCACCGCCGGCAGGAUCGCAGUUCAGCCUUCCAUGUUCGGUUCGAGGAUAUCCAGACCCAACAAUUGUUUGGUCGUUGAAUGGUAAAGAAAUCAAUAGUGGGGAAAAUGGAAUCACAAUCGAUUCUGAUGGAACACUUCACGUUGAAUCAGCAGAAGGAAGAAAUUUGAUCUAUGAAUGCACUGCGAAGAAUGACGCUGGCGCGGAUACUCUCGAGUACAAAGUACAAACAAUUAGUGCUCCAAAGAUCAGCGACACCGGUAUUCGAUACAUUAAUGGAUCAGAAGGUGACCCGACAACAAUCAAAUGCGAUAUUGAAAGUGAAGACGAAUCUGAAAUCACUUGGAACAAGAACGGACUUGCCCUUCUCCCAACAACUAAUGUUGUGUUCAGCGAAGACAAAAAAUCGGUUAAAAUAACUUCAGCCAGACUCGCCGAUCAAGGAGAUUAUAGCUGCACAGUUGCAAAUAAGGCUGGUAAUGCCACACAAACAAAUACUCUUAAUGUUGGAGUACCACCAAAAAUUCUGGAGCGUCCAAAAACUCAUGUUGUCAACCGCGGAGAUCAAGUGACUCUUUGGUGUGAAGCUUCAGGUGUCCCACAGCCAAACAUUGAAUGGUAUAAGAAUGAUGAAUUAAUAACGACAACCGGAGUUCAAGAAACACCAACAACAAAAAAGAAGUCGGCAAUGUUCAGUUCGAUAACACCGCAACAAUCAGGCGUUUACACUUGCAAAGCAGAAAAUUGGGCGGGAUCAGUCGAAGAAGAUGUUGAUUUGAUUGUUAUGAUUGCGCCGGAAGUGUUGCCAGAAAAAAUGAACGUGACCACAAAUCCGAGACAGACGGUUUUCCUCUCUUGCAAUGCCACCGGUAUCCCAGAACCCGUCAUUUCAUGGAUGAAAGAUCCGAACAUUGCAAUUCAAGCAAAUGAGAAGUAUCAAUUACUCGGAACAACAUUGGCCAUUCGGAACGUUCUCCCGGAUGAUGACGGAUUUUAUCAUUGUAUUGCGAAAUCGGAUGCUGGACAAAAAAUUGCUACAAGAAAAUUGAUUGUUAACAAGCCGACUGACCGUCCAGCACCCAUUUGGGUCGAGUGUGAUGAGAAGGGACGUCCAAAAAAAUCAGAAUACAUGGUUGAUCGUGGUGACUCGCCUGAAGAUAAUCCGCAAUUAUUGCCAUGGAAAGAUGUUGAAGACACCUCGAUCAAUGCCACCUUCCGCUGCAUGCCAGGACCAAGAUCAGCAAGAACUGUUCUUCUCCAUAACGCACCGCAAUUCAUCGUCUCACCAAAGAAUCAUACCGUCGCGAUUGGCGCAACCAUUGAGUUGAAGUGCAGCGCUGCUGGUCCUCCUACUCCCAUUAUCACCUGGUUCAAGGAUGAUAAGCCAGUGGAUAUGAAAAAGACUGAAACUGCGUACUCCAUUCUUAAAGUCAAAAUUGAUAAUUCAAGCGAUGCUGGUAAAUACACCUGUCAUGCUCAGAAUAGCGUUGGAAUUAGUACUGCAACUGCUCACAUCAGAAUCGAUAAUGUUGGGGCCACAAAGACACCGCAAGCAGUCAAGAAGAAUAUCGCAGUCAUAACAUGUUAUGACCGUAAAACCACAUAUAGUCGUGGAAUCACUUGGGAGUUCCGAGGAGUUCCCAUGCAGAAAAAUCUCGCUGGCAUCCAUUUCAUGAAUAAUGGAAGCUUGGUUAUACUUGACGCAAGCAAUUUGAGCGAAGACGAUUUGAAGGAUUACACUUGUAGAGUUCGCAAUCGUAGACGAUACAUUAUUAAGCAUAUGAGAUCCGCCUUAGAGGAAGUUCCGGUUGUGAAAACAUCUGAUGAUGUCACAUUGAGCGUUGGUGAAUCCGUGAUGCUUGAUUGCAAUGUUACUGGAGAUCCCUUAACUACAAAUGUAAUUUGGACUAAGGAUAACAAGAGAAUUGUCGAUGAUGAUGUUACAUAUGUUAUGCAUAACAACAGUUUGUUUUUGUCGUCAGUUGAGAAAUAUGAAGCUGGAGUUUAUAAAUGCGUUGCAUCGACAAGCAUUGGAAAAGCUUAUGAUGAUGUGACGGUAGAAGUACUAGACGAAAUUCUUCCGUUGACCGGUGAAGGAAGCGGAUCUGAUGAUGACACAAUUGAAAUGCCAGGUGUUGGGGAGAAAAAAAGAACGAAGAAUUCGACAACCGAUGUUAGCACGACGAGGUUUCCCAAGGUGACUAAGAAGCCGACGACAACGAAGGCGCCAACAACUACAACUACUACAACUAAGAAGCCUCCAACGACCACGACCACUAAAUCAACUACUUCCACAACGAGUACGACAUCUACAACUACCACGACCACGUCAACACCAAUGUAUUUGAAUCUAAAUGAAAAUCCUUUGCACCCUCCAUACUUUGAGGGAAGCGGCUACAAUCCGAACGAACCUUAUGAUGAAUCAUUGGAACCAACAACUGAGGACUAUUUGAUUGAAAAACCAAUGCCAGUUACCAAUUCACAGAUUUUUGAUGCUUCUGAUUGCGAUAUGGGUGAAAUAACGGAGAAUGGAGAUUGCCUUCGAAACGAUGGAACUAGGCAUAAGCUAAAGGUUCUUACCGAUGGCGACAGUUGCCCCGAAGGUUUUGCCUGGAAUACUCAAAUCGGUAUCUGCGAGGAUAUUGAUGAAUGCACCUUCGAUCAACCAUGCGACUUUGAAUGCAUCAACACCGAGGGAGGAUAUGAAUGCAAGUGCCCCCCUGGGUAUUACUUGACGGAAGACGGAUGCUUUGAUAUCAAUGAAUGCGAAGAAAUACGUUGUGAAGACAACAAGGCAUGCUUUAACCAACUUGGUGGUUAUGAAUGUAUUGAUGAUCCGUGCCCAGCCAACUUCACAUUGGUUGAUGAUAGAUACUGCGAACCUCUUUGUGAUGAUUGUGGUUUGACACCAAUCACAGUGCAUAUGCUUGCAAUUCCAAGUGGACUCCCAGUAUCGCAUAUUGCAACUCUUACUGCUUAUGAUAAAAAUGGAAGAGUCUUGAACGACACCACUUACGUCAUAUCAGAAACAUACAAAGGACUGGACCUGGGAAAAACUCGAGCUGGCCCAUUCACCAUCAAGGCGGUGAAAGGCGGACACGCGCAAGUUUGGACAAACAGAGUUUUGGAAACUGGAGCUCAUCACAAAGUUCGUGUUCGUGCUCAUUCUGAGCAAGGUGAUGAGGAAAACAAUCUUCCGAAAAAGACGAACUUUUUGGUGCUUAUCAACGUUGGACAAUACCCAUUCUAA